UUCAAAAUCUUUAUGUUGUCAAAUAUCAUCCACGUCAACGUAAGUUGGAGAUAUUUUUCUGGCGAUAUAUGAUCACGAUAUCAAGAAAUAUUCCUUCCAUCUAAUAAAACGGGAGCAAUAUUAUGUCUGUUUUAAGCUCAGACGCGAAAACUAAUGGUUUUAAGUUGAUGAGAUUAAUUGUUGAUGUUGGUGGAGAAGCUUUAAGAAUAACAUUGAUGAAACAACUGUCAGGUACUGAUUUAUUUAAUGUUUUAAAUGAUCCCGAAAAUGCGCAACUACUUUCAAGUCUAAAGAGGAGACAAAUCCAUCCACAUCAGUGGGAUCAACUGUAUCCAGAUCCUCCAAUAUUACCAAAUGAAAAUAAGUUUGACAUUACUUUACUUUGUAUACUCCUACGUAAUAUCUGCGUUUUAAAACCACCUCGUGAUCCAAUAUGGACGUCAGUAAAUGACCCCAAUGAUCAUUCAACUGAAGCAGAUAUUACCCGUAUCAGGUUAUUUCGUAAUGAUCGUUUUGCUCAUUUACCUAACACUUCAGUAAGCUCUGAUGACUUUGAAAUUUUUUGGGUAGAAAUAAGCGAACCAUUAGUUCGUUUAGGAAUAAGUCAGGAAGAAAUAGAUAGAUUGAAAAAUGAGUUGCUUGGUAAUGAAGAAUGCGAAAGAAUUGUGAAAGAAUGGGACGAAUUCAAAUUUGAUGUACAGAAUCAUUUGUGUGUGAUUGAAAGUAAUCAGGAAGAAAUGAAAAGAAGUCAGGAAGAAAUAAAAAGGAAUCAGGAAGAAAUGAGAAGCAAUCAGGAAGAAAUAAAACGUCAAAUUCACUCACGUCCAGAAGAAGAUAUUUUGACAAAAAAACUUGUAAGUUGUAAUUUUGAAAGUGAAAUUAGACAUCAUUAUGAAAAAUUUUAGAGGGAACUCGGGAAUGGGUUUUUAAUGAGUUUUUAGCUUGGUUCGAAGACGACAGUUCUCAAAAUCGUGCAUUUAUUAUUU